AUGACCUCCCCGUUUCCAAAGUCGUCAUCCCUCCCUGGAGAGGGCCAAAUAGUUAUCAAGUUAUCACCUAACAACGUCUCGACGAUUGAGAGUAUCACUUAUCAAUACCCGCUAAAACUUAUAUCUCCCGCGUCUACCACCGAAACGGGUACCGUGUUGGUGUUCCUCUUAUCAUAUGGUGGAGGACUCGUCGGCGGCGAUCAAAUUAACCUCUCUAUUGACGUACACUCGGGAGCGAGACUCAGCAUCGUUACGCAAGGUCACACCAAGAUUUUUCGGUCCGUUGCGCCAGACAUCGUGACAAGACAGAAUUUGAACGUUGAAAUUAAAGACGGGGCUGCGCUUUGUCUCUUACCAGACCCUGUUCAACCAUUCGAAAGCAGCAUAUACGAGCAGAAGCAGAUUUUCAAGCUGACUUCUGGCGCGUCUUUAUGUUUGCUAGACUGGGUCACCCAAGGUCGUACGGCCCGGGGUGAAAACUGGAGUCUUAAUCGAUGGAUUGGACGCAACGAAGUCUGGUUCACCUCCAAUACUGCAACAUCUAAGGACCGUCUUCUAGUCCGAGAUGCUAUCAUCUUAGAUGGUGCGAAUAGGCCGAUUGGAUCUCCCACGCUUCAAGCGUCGAUGUAUGAACACGCCAUCGUGGGCACUUUGAUCCUCCGAGGUCCUUUGAUGAAAUCUAUUAGUGAUUUCUUUAUAUCCGAGUUUUCUGCACUACCACGAUUAGGGGCUCGAGAUUUCCGUAGCGCUGAAGCACGUGAAAAAGACGAAGCAAUACUUCAAUCUCCUCUCGAACGUUGGCGAACUAUCAGGUUAGAGGAGGAGAAAGAUAAACGGAUACUCUGGUCAGCCGCCAACGUACGUGGUUGCAUAGUAGUAAAAUUCGGUGCUGCAACCGUUGAAGCUGCACGGAAUUGGAUAGGGUCGAUGCUCCUUCAAGAGGGUAGCAUCGAACAGCAGUUUGGUGAAGAAGCUUUGAUGUGCGUUCGAUGA